AUGGGUAAGGGUUCCUUCAAGUAUGCUUGGGUACUCGACAAGCUGAAGGCUGAGCGUGAACGUGGUAUUACCAUCGAUAUCGCUCUGUGGAAGUUCGAGACAGCCAAGUAUUAUAUCACCAUUAUUGACGCUCCUGGACAUCGUGAUUUCAUUAAGAACAUGAUUACCGGAACGUCCCAGGCUGAUUGUGCUGUGUUGGUCGUUGCCUGUGGUACCGGAGAAUUCGAGGCUGGCAUUUCCAAAAAUGGACAGACUCGUGAACAUGCCCUACUGGCUCAGACCCUUGGUGUGAAGCAGCUUAUCGUUGCUUGCAACAAGAUGGACUCGACUGAGCCGCCUUUCUCUGAGGCCCGUUUCAAUGAGAUCACCACUGAGGUCUCCAACUUCAUCAAGAAGAUUGGAUACAAUCCCAAGGCGGUCGCAUUCGUCCCUAUUUCUGGCUUCAACGGUGAUAACAUGCUAGAGCCGUCAUCAAACAUGCCUUGGUUCAAAGGAUGGAAUGUUGAACGCAAAGAGGGAAAUGCUACCGGCAAGACCCUUCUCGAAGCUCUUGACUCCAUUGUUCCCCCUCAACGACCUACUGACAGGCCUCUACGUCUUCCGCUUCAAGAUGUGUACAAGAUUGGAGGUAUCGGAACUGUGCCUGUUGGACGAGUCGAGACUGGUAUCAUCAAGCCCGGUAUGGUCGUCACUUUUGCGCCCCAGAAUGUUACCACUGAAGUGAAGUCCGUCGAAAUGCACCACGAAUCUCUUCCUGAAGCUGGCCCUGGAGACAACGUCGGUUUCAACGUCAAGAACGUGUCCGUCAAGGAUAUUCGUCGUGGAUCAGUCUGCUCCGAUUCCAAGAAUGAUCCCGCUAAGGAAGCUCGCUCAUUCAACGCUCAGGUGAUCAUUAUGAACCAUCCUGGACAAAUCGCCGCUGGUUACACGCCUGUUCUUGAUUGUCACACUGCACACAUUGCUUGCAAGUUCAACGAGCUGAAGGAGAAGUCUGGUGAUGCUGGAAUCGUCGAACUUAUCCCUACCAAGCCCCUCUGCGUUGAAUCCUUCACUGACUAUGCACCUCUCGGACGUUUUGCUGUACGUGAUAUGAGACAAACUGUUGCUGUUGGAGUCAUCAAAUCCGUUGAUAAGACCGAAGCCGCUGGAGGAAAGGUCACGAAGGCUGCACAGAAGGCAGGAGUUGGAGCCAAGAAGAAGUAA